CUCGGGCUAGGCAGCGGGCUGUGGAUACUCUUCACAUUAAAUCGAAUGACAACGUCGAAAACCAAUCAAAUCGUUCAAGAACGAUACGCAGAAAAGAUAGAGAGUCACACAUGUUGAGAUUCAAGAUAGCAGUCAUUCAAAGGAGCUACCAUGUGUUAAUCUGCCUGAUUCAGUUGCAAACAUCGCUCAGUUCUGUCACAAGAGGUGGCUGGAGACAUUACACAGUUCACUCUGUCACAGCGGUGCCAUACAGAUAGAGAGAUAUACCACUGUUUGGAAUUACCAAGAUCAGUUUUCCCGUUACUGGAAGUACUGUUUGGAGGUACACAUUCUUUCUUUUGAAACAUAACUGUUUAAGAACUACUGUUUAGAACUAAAUAAAAUGUUUUAAACUUUGACUACUACAAAUAUCAAAUUCUUUUAAAACCUAAUUGUUUAAGAACUAUUGUUUGUAACUUCUUCUUUUUUAAAAACUUGGAACUACUACAAACAUCAAACACUGUUUUUUGAACUACCAAAGUGCAUUUUUGAAUUCAUACAAGUAGCACUAAUAGGAGCAGUCAAAAGCAAUUUAGAGCUGUCAAACAUGUUGUUUUGAACUGCCAUGGUUUUGUACUAUAAAAAGUGCUAUUAGGAGGGUUUCUUAAAUUGUUUUUUAAAACUGUUUUCAAGCAACAAAAAGAACUGAAGCUACCAAAAGUACAAGAGAUUCCAAAAGUACGGCUAUUAAAAACUCUUGUUUGGAAAUCUACCAUCAGUGCAGAGUUUUCUGUGAAUCUAAGUGUCGGGGUACCUGCUCGCUCUGCAUGGAGUCAUCUGAGGGUACACACGAGCCAUCUAAAGGUGUAACCAAGUCUUCUGAAGAUAUAAUAGACAAGUCAUAUCAUGAUGUAACCAAGCCAUCUGAAGGUGUAACCAAGUCAUCUGAAGGUGUAACCAAGUCAUCUGAAGGUGUAACCAAGCCAUCUGAAGGUGUAACCAAGUCAACUGAAGGUGUAACCAAAUCAUCUGAAAGUGUAACCAAGUCAUCUGAAGGUGUAACCAAGUCAUCUGAAGGUGUAACCAAGCCAUCUGAAGGUGUAACCAAGUUAUCUGAAGGUGUAACUAAGUCAUCUGAAGGUGUAACCAAGUUAUCUGAAGGUGUAACCAAGUCAUCUGAAGGUGUAACCAAGUUAUCUGAAGGUGUAACCAAGCCAUCUGAAGGUGUAACCAAGUCAUCUGAAGGUGUAACCAAGUCAUUUGAAGAUGUGAAAUUAACUGACUCAGAUCAAGAUGUAAUGGAAUCACCUCAAGGUGUGAGCGAGUCAUGUCAAGGUGUAUCAAAGUUGUGUAAAGGUGUGACCGAGUCACUUCUCGGUGUGAGCGAGUCACUUCUGGGUGUGAGCGAGUCACUUCUGAGUGUAACCGAGACAACAGUCCGACGACACAGUCAAGACAUAGACCUGUUAGAGCCAGGAUAUUCACCUCUGAGGAAGCACAGUAGUGGUGAUCUUCACAGUCGCUUGAAAACGCGGAAAUUACUUGGAGUUGGAGAGACUGACGAUGGCGACGUCCAUCGAUCCAAGUUGAGCCAAAUACUUGGCCAUAGUGACCAGUUGUACAUCAAACUACCAUAUGGUCUGAGAAUAUGGCAGCUUCUACUGGCAAUUAUGUUCACAGUUAUAGCCCUUUGGGCGUUGAUAUUUCCAGCUCACCUGUUUGACAUUACCUUUGAGACGGAGGAAGGAAAAUACUUAACGCUGCCUGUCAGACUGUACGGUGCUGCUUUGCUCAGCUUGUCUUUACUAUACUGGAACACUUUAGAGUCUCAGGACAAAGACAUCAUUCGCUGUGUUCUUCUAUCAAGCAUUGUUUACUUCAGUCUUCAGACACUGGUGACGAUUAUCGAUGUUCUGACGAACACGAAGUUCAACAAGCAGGUUAUGAUGUUCCUUGGUUGCCGGGUUCUCUUUGCCCUCGUCAGUUGGGCCUUCUACCACUUGGUCGGCUGUAAACUCAUUGCCAUAAAGCGGUCCGUUUCCUGCAAGGAGCUGGACAAGGAACAGUGAAAACCCUUUUCCUCAAAACACUAUUUCAAAGCCAAAUGCGACUGGUUUUAAAGGAAAAGCGAGGGAGACAACUGACAAGUUUGGCUGUUGAUGAAACAUACACCGAAAAAAAAGAAGAAGAAAAAAAACCUGAUUUUUGUUUUCAAGAAUGCUGCGACACAUUGUGUUGCAAUGUUAUGAAUGUCCAUGGUAAAAAUAAACAUGAAAGUGUGCAAAAUGGAGAAUAUGAAACUAAUAAUAUGUGCAGUUAAGUGUUACAAGAUAUUUAUAUUCAGCACCUUUCUGCACAGUGUAAUAUUCAGGACGUUCCAAAGAUGAUUACAAGGGAGGGGUGAGAGGCACAGGAAUCAUUAUUUGAUUAAUUCUGGAACUUACGUUUAAUUUUUAAAGUUGCAGACCCUAGCUUUAAACCAAUAAACAUAGACACUAAGUUUGGUUAAUCUACAAACCUUUAACACAUCUCGAUAAAGUUACAAUAGAGUGAAACAAGAGUCUGUGAUGAUCAAACAGGGGAAUACCCUUAAAAAUAGACCAUGCAGAACCCAUCUCCAUAAUUGUUGCUUCUCAAAGAUAUGUGUGUUUUUAGAAUUAUGAAAAAUACAUUUUUGUGGAAUUAUAAACACCAGGAUGACCAGAAAUGCUUCAGAUAUUUGAAGAUGGAUAUUUUAAAGAAUAAAAUGUAAGUAAUGUCAGAUUUUAAUUACCAAAAAUGACUCUAAUAGUUAGAAAUAAACUGUAGUGUUUAAAAACUAGGGUCUGUGAUUUUAAUACCAGUAAAGCCACAUUAUUUAAUUUAACUUUGUGGGAGGUGGGUAAUUAAAAAUGAUUUGCCUCCCAUCUCUCCCAUAUCCAGAUUUGUGUGAAAUGACCUAAAUGCAUAUUUGUUUUUAAAAAAAAGUGAGUGAGGAAAUGUCACUCAUAAUACAUUGUAUACUCAACAAAAGUAAUUAAUAGCCAGAAAAAAUUUAGAAUUUCUUUAUACCGUAUAUAGUACAAAAUAAGAAAAACACACCCUGUGGGUGAUUUUCAUAUACAUCACUUGUCAAAAUUUAGAAAUUGUUUGUGCUCAAAACUUGGUAACAUAAUUAUGACAAUAGCAAACAUUGAUCCAAAAAGUCUACUGGCCCUGAAUUAAUUUUGUUGAGUGUACUUUGUUAUCUAACAAUUAAUUAACUCUAUGCUUGCUGCUGCAAAGAGAUACCUCCCUAGCCAAAGUCACUGAUAAAAUUAAUUAAAAUAUUUUGUGUGCGUUUCGAUGAUUUUAAUUAUUAGUAUAAGGGGUGGGGGAGACACCGAUCAGGGGUCGAAAUGGGCUGAAAUUCCUGUCUGGUAAACUAUCAAUCCUACCGGACCGAAUCAAAACCUGCCGGAUGAAACAUAAACGUAAAGUAUAAACGUGAAGUAAUUGCUGGUCCGAUAGGACGACAGACAGAAAUAUUGCUCGUCCUGUGGUGAUGUUGACUGGCAUAAACUGGUUGGGCUGGCAUUAUUUCUACCUCUGCCAAUUUAAAUGUUGAUUAAUAAGGGCACCCAAUCCUGCUGGCAGUGGCUUGGGAAGAAGUAACAGUGGGCAGCAUUUCCUGCAGGCAGUAUGCAGAGAGUUAACAAUCAAUUUACUCGCAUAAUGCAUAAUGAAUGAGGAAAUUUAACCUUUUUGUGUCUGUUCUGGGAUGACGUCAUGAACUUAGCCGUUUUGUGACGUCAAACUAAUAUCAGCGUGCAGCGUUCCGUCGUGUCCACAACAUUAUUAUACGCACAGUGUGCCACGUGCUGUCAUGCCACAAAAGGGUUAAUACAGUGAAACAUCUCAAGACCGGACCCUCUAUAAACCGGACAUUUCCUCAAACCGGACAUUUUACAGAGUCCCUUUUUAAAACAAGUACAGAACGUAACCUCCCGAAACCGAAUACAUCUUAAUACCGGACAAUUGUCUUGGUCCCCAGGGUGUCCGGUUUAGAGGGGUUUCACUGUACAUGGGUUUCCUAUCAAUUACAUGUGUGUGUUUUUGUUUCUUUCUCUCCUGAAAGUGUCCUCUAUUGUAUUUUAAUGCUGUGUAUGGUGUAACUGUUUUGUUGUACGUUUUUGUGUUUUAAUGUUUACACAGGUAUUCGCACCAAAGAACCACAUGUCUUUUAUAGUAUUCUUAGAUUUAGUACAAGAAAUAAAAAUGAAGUAUAAAUAAAUUACAGUAAUAUAUGGUGAAAUGAUGUGUAUGCGCCCCUGUGGGAAAUUACCCAUCAUCUAAUGUAAGUCCACAAAUAAAUAAAAAAAUCCAUUCCCUAUUUGGAAAUCCUGUGUAUGUGCAAGUUGAUUUCUAAAUAUUGAAACAACCCCUGCAGAUCUGCAGGAGCAGCUGGAAUGCUAUAACGAAAAACUGUUUCAUUUACAUAAACUACAAAUUGACACACCUUUCACCCAUUAUGAAUUUUAAUAUUGUAUGAAAUUAACAUGUUAAUUUAAAUUUGAUACAAUAAUUACCCUAUAUCUUCGCCUGUAAGUCCAUCUGGUCCCUAAUUUCACGCCCUAAAAACUUAUUUUUUUAUUGACCCGUUUAUAAGUCAACCAUGAAAAACAACUUAUAAAUAUUGAAGUAUUUCUUAAAUGUCUGUACUGAUGACUUCCUUUUACCUGUGUCUAUAAUCAGCUAGUCAACUAUUUGAAACCUGAACGAUAUGUUAAAACCAGACAAAGCUGGGUAUAUCGUCAACUGCGAAUUAGCUAGGUCUAUGUGCAAUAUAAAAUACAUUACCAACAGACCUAGUUAAUUCUCGGUCAAUAAAAGAUAUGUAAUUCAAUGAAACCUAUCUAAACCGGACCCUGAAAGAAAAAAAAAUCCUGUCAAAACUUUGCCAAGUUUUUUGGUCCCGAAUUUUCUAAAUUCUAAAAUGCAACUCUGUAAAGACUGGAUGGAUCCUGCCUAAAUUGGAUAAAUAUUAGUUCCCCAGCGUGAUCCGGUUUUGACCAGUUUCACUGUACAUAUGUUUUGGUGCAUUCCAUAUCAUUUUCUUUUCUUUUCUUGUAAUUGAUCUUAGAGACGGUGAAACUGAAAUUAUCCAUGAUUUUCAUCAUAUAAAAAUAUAAUACAAAAAAUGAAUACAUCUUGUUCUCAGUAAAUUAUAUUGUCUAACUGUUGUGGCCUUAUGAUUUUCCCCCACACAUUUCAACAAUUCAUACUCACAGAGCAGCAUGAUGCAUUGCAAGAUCUCAUUAUUUGUCCACCCUUUACAAUUGAUUUUUCAAAAACAUUAAUAUAUAUAUAUAUACUGUAUAUAUAUAUAUAUAUAUAUAUCGUUAAAAGUGUAUGUUUAUCUCUACAUGACAGGCUUGUUUCGUGAGAGAGUU